CUCCCCUGUUUCCCCUCGUUCUCUCCUUCCGUGUGUAGCUCUCUUGUUGUCCCUUGCCCUCUCGCUUCAGCUCCCCUCUUUAUUUUUUCGCUUUAUCCCCUGUUCUCCCUUUCUUCCUUGAUUACACAUAAGAUGGCUGCUGAAGCAGUUCUGAUCCCCGUUGCAAAACUGAUCCUUGGCAAGGCAUCCGACUUGGCCUCGGAGCAGAUUGGACUGCUGUGGAAUUUCAGACGUGAGCUCAGCAAAUUCAAGGACACCGUCUCCACCAUUCAGGCUGUUCUCCGUGAUGCUGAAGAGAAGCAGUUCCACAAUCACCAAGUCAAAGACUGGCUCGAGAAGCUCUCUGGUAUCAUGUAUGAUGCCGAAGAUCUGCUCGAUGAUCUCGCUACUGAGGCUCGUAGGAAGGCCAUGCUGUCAGCUGCAACAGAUGAUGAUGGUGGUGGUGGUGGCAGGAGAAGGACGUCAACAACUUGUUGUUGGAGUGUGGUACGCUUCCUGUUCUCUUCACUUGCUAAACAAUUGGUGUACGACCUUAAGAUGGCUCAUGCUAUCAAGGCCAUUAGGGAGAAACUUGAUGAUAUAUCAAAAGACAGGGAGAUCUUGCAUCUGGAAUCUCAUUCUUCCCAGGAGGGCGAAGCUCUUCCUUCCAGAGAGACUGAUUCCUGCCCACCGCUGAUUGUUGUUGGGAGGGAAGGUGACAGGAAGAAAAUCAUUCACCUGCUGCUGAAUUCUACUUGUGAAGCCAACAUUUUCGUUGUCCCGAUCAUUGGGAUGGGUGGGAUGGGAAAAACUACUCUUGCUCAGCUCGUAUUUGAUGACGAUCAAGUUAAAGCUCACUUUGAUAUCAAAGCUUGGGUGUAUGUUUCGCAGAGCUUUGAUGUCAGUGUGAUUCUCGAAAAGAUACUGCAAUCUAUAGCUUGUCAAGGUGUGGCAGGUCUCUCGUUAGAUGUUUUGCAAGCUCGACUCCGGGGAAAAAUCACAGGAAAGCGGUUUUUGUUUGUAUUGGACGAUGUUUGGGAGGAGACCAGCUGGAGUUGGGAGACUUUGGGCAAGUAUUUGACGGUUGGUGCUCCUGGAAGCAAAGUGCUGGUUACUACUCGAUCCUCUAAAGUGGCAGAGGUUGGCGGCGGAGCUCUGAAGUCAAGGUCAAGUAAUAACAUUGUUCUACCUUAUCACUUGAAAGGCUUGUCAGAAGAAGAGUGUUGGAACUUAUUGGUGGAAAAAUUCCUCCCAAGAAAAGUCCCGCAAGACCCACACUUGCAAGAAAUCGGCAAACAAAUAUUGAGGAGAUGCGGUGGGGUUCCUCUCGCAGUGAGCACCAUUGCUGGUGCGUUGGUAGAUUCAAGAGAUCCAAAUGUCGAGUGGCCAUAUUUUCUACAGAAGGGACUUUCGAGCAUUAAACAUGGCGAAGAUCCUACUAUGUCAGCUCUCCAGCUUAGCUUCAGUCAUCUCCCUUCCAAUACGAAACAUUGUUUUACUUAUUGUAUAUUAUUCCCAAAAGGUUUCAAAUUCAACGUUCAAAUGAUGAUUCGAUUUUGGGUAGCACAAGGGUUCGUUGAGUCGGAAGAUGAAGGCUCUGGCUGCUUCAAAAUGUUGUGGUGUAGAUCAUUUUUCCAAGAGAUGGAGAUGUAUGAGUCGGGGGAAAUGAAAGUAUGCAGAAUGCACGAUUUGAUGUAUGACUUGGCUUGUUCAAUUGCAGGAAACAAGAUCACGAGAAGUUCAAGUUCAACGGUUCUGAUAAAUGUUCCUUCAAAGACUCGACAUUUGUAUGUAACUGGUGACGGUAAUGAUGAUUUGAGAGAAGAAGAUUACGGUGAUGGGUUGGGAAAUGCAAGCAAGGUGCGAACGCUGGUAUGUAUGAAAUCUCUUUCAAACAAAGAGCUUGAGCAUGUCCUUAACAAAUUCUUACGCUUGCGGGUAUUGAUGAUUGUUGAAGAGUCUUCAAUCCCGUACUGGUUAGAAUUAGUCUUGGAUGCUUCAGCGUCAUUGAAUUCUCUUAAUAAGUUGAAGCAUUUAAGAUAUCUUGCUCUUCGUAACACUACUAGAUGGAAAAAGCUUCCAGACUCGGUUACUAACUUGGUUAAUCUGCAAGUGCUCGAGCUUGUCAAUGUCUGGUCGUCAGAAGAACAGCUACCGAGGGAUACUAUGAUGCUUGUUAAGUUGAAGCAUCUUGAGCUCACUGGUUAUGAAGGCGUGAAACUCCCUAACUGGUUGUCGGGCCUCCCGAAUUUGGUAGAGUUCUCGUUAAGAGAUUGCAACCGAUGUCAGUACCUCUUGGCAUUGCAUCAAAUGUCGAGUUUGAAGAAGCUUACAAUUGAUAAUUGUCCAUUGCUGAACUGCAUCAAUAAUGAUGCUGAUCAUUGUUAUUCUUCACCGGACAACUCAUCAUCAAGAUUAACGACGGAGGAAGAGGAUGAUGAUGAGUGGCCUCGGUUUCAGUGUCUUUCCUACUUGAAGAUUCAGAAUUGCCCAAGUUUAACCCGGUUACCCAUGUUCCCUACCCUUGAAGGUGAGCUGGAGCUAGACAAUACGAGCUUGGCACCAUUAGCUAGGACCAUGAAGAUGAAUAUGAGGAGAGGAGGAGAAGGUGUUGAUUGUUCUGAUGAAUAUGCAUAUGGUGACACAAAUAUUCAUCCUCCUCUUACUUCUUCUUCAGCCUCGGCAUACCCUCUUUCCGGGUUGACCAAGAUGUUUUUGUCGGACAUCAACGAAGAUCUUGAAUCCCUGUCGCAUCCGAAUUCGAGUAGUUGUCUCAUCUCUGUUGAGGAGUUGAGGGUUCAGAGUUGCAACCAAUGUGUGAAGCUACCUGGUUCCUUGUGUUCUAGUAUACACCUAAUGAAGAUCCAUUUAUAUAAGUGCGCUACUCUAGAGUACCUGCCACCUCUGCAUGAACUCCCAUCUUUGCGGAAGCUAUUUAUCGGGGGUUGUCCGAAGCUGAAGGGAUGUUGGUGGAAGAAGAAAAAGAAGCAGGGGAACCAUGAUAAUCAUAAGGGUGGUGGUGAUGAUGAUUAUUAUUAUAACUUCGACCCUUCAAUGGAAGGAGACAGAGAGGAAAGGAAAGAUGAAGAGAUGGAGGAAGAAUGGCCUCAUUUCCCUUGCCUUUCCACGUUGCGUAUUGAAAGUUGCCCAAAACUGAUUUGGAUGCCUUUGUUUCCGACCGUUGAAGGUGAGAUGUGGCUGUACCAAACAAGCACAGAGGCACUGGUGCGGACAAUGAAGAUGAAACCAGUAGUGGCUGCAGCAGCUGCUGAACAUUACCUUGACUCUCAACAACAUUCUACCUGUGCAGCAGCAACAACUACCACCUGUUCCUCUUCUUCUUCCUCCUCCUCUUCUUCGUCGGCGAGGGCUGACAUUGUCCCACCACUCUCUAAGGUGACGCAAUUGCAACUUUGGUGGAUCGACGACCUGGAAUUUCUACCAGAAGAAGGCCUCCGCAACCUCACCUCUCUCCAAAGCUUGUUCCUUUGCAAUUGUUCAAGACUUGCAUCUCUGCCUCCAGCAAUGCGCAACCUCACUUCUUUACAAUCAUUAGCCAUUCUCAAUUGUCCACUGUUGAGAGACAGAUGCAGAAAAGGAGAGGGUGAAGAUUGGCCCAACAUUUCCCACAUCCCAGAAAUAGUAAUGCCUGACAAAGUAUAGUAUUAAUUUCUCCAUCUCCUGAAACCUGUGUAGUCUAAAAUCUAAAUCCAGGUCUGUCAAAGUUUAGGUUUCUUGCAUUGCAUGUAAAUCAAUUUCAGAGGUAAAGGAUUUUGCUUAUUCUUUUGUUUGUUUUUUCCUGCCUGCUUCCUUUUGCCAUUUUCGGUAGACCACGUAGUUCCAUUAGCUGUAAACGUGUAAGCGGAACUAACGACACCGAGUACAAAUCAGCCAAAUCAAGGAGGCGAACCAUUUGAAUUUGAAUCAGAGUCAUGCUUGAUGAUAUCUUGACUCAAAACGCCAUGUUCUGUCUCGCGAGUGAGUGUCAGCCAUGACAAUUUGAUGCAAAGCAGGGGCGGAGCUACGUUGGGAGUCGGGGGGCCUGACCCCGUCGAGAAUUUUGAAAAUUGUGUAAAAAUAUGAUGAGAAUUUUGGAAUUACGUAUUAAUUCAAAUUCGUUUUUAUAUAAUAGUAUUGCGCAAUUUGAAUAUCAAAGAUUUUGCUUCUAGUCUAGCGGAAAAGUUGUAUUUGAUUAUAGUGGAGGUUGUGAGUUUGAUACCCAACAGCACUAGUUUUUUACCUGUUUAUUAUUAUUUGUAUAAGUUGAUUUUUUAUAAAAAUAAAUAAAAAUGUAGUCACUUUUCUUUCAUGCUUUGUUUUUUACCUACUUUAACUUCAAACUAGGUAAAUUUAAUUCAACUUUUUUUUUUAUAUAGUGGUGAUGAUAUAUUAUUAAAAAGGGUUAUAGGUAUAAUAUGCCUCUCUACUAUAUCUUUUUAUCAAACAUGCCACUCUAUUAUUUUUUACAUCAAACAUGUCCCCCAACAGCUCCAUGGCGCAGAUCUUACGAAUCAGCUGGCGAGCCGGCGGGGAUGUUGUCGCCGUCCGGAAGCUCCUAGAGGAUCCCUUGUCAAGGCUAGGGAUUACGAGAACCCGACUCCGCGCGUCUAGUAUAGGUCUUCUAAAUUUUAUACGAGAUAAUACUUAAUGAAAUAUAGUUUUGGAGGCUAUCUGGUGGCUAAGAUGACUCUUUCUUUGUUUCCCGAUCGUUGUUCCGGGUUUGAUUUAUGUACUUGGCUCUUUCGGGAGGCGGGUAUGAUGUAACUAUUCUUCUUCUUGUUUAAUACAAGCUAUCGUUUUUGUUAAAAAAAAAUAUAAUUUUGGAUAUUUUUAAAAAUUCUGGAUACCAAAAAUUAAUUAAAAGUUUGAGUUGAAUGAAAAACUAGACGGAUGUACCUUCUGGUGACUUUAAUGGUACCCGACACCCUAUUCCAACUUGUAAAUACGUGAAAACAUAAAUGCAAGUGACAAAAAUUGUUGAUAAUAACAUACUUAUAACAUCAUAUCAACAACAUAGUAACAGAUAUUGGCCUCAACUGUACCAAUAUACCAUGAUCAAAUUCCACGACCAAAACCAGCACUCUCACCGGUAGAUGAAUUCACAUCGCACCUAGCUAAUUAACUCAACGGUUGCAUCACUUGGACCAACCCAUUUUUUAAGGUCCGAUCCCCGUUUGUCGUCGGAUCAGUUGGAAAGCCACCGUUUAAAUAACUUAAAAGGUAAAAA